AUGGAUGAACUUUUAAGCAUAUUCAUCAAGGCAAGUGAUCCUAAUUGCGAAGAGUUUGAUCAAUCACAGAGAAUGCUGGUCGAAUUAUCUCAAAAACAGCCAAUUGAAAUCACAUUUCAAAUUGUAGACAUAUUAAGAGAGCAUAACAACCAAGACAAGAUUCAGUUCUUACUUUUGAUAUACUUGACCCAUUCUUUCGAGCAAUUAUUUAAAAGAAAUAUUCAAUUUGAUGUAAAAUCUUUUGAAAACACAAUGAUUCCAAUUAUAUUCAACUUGUUUUCAUGCGAAAAUGACGAAGUACGUUCAGUUGCCGUUAAUUUACUCUCAAAAAUCAUUACAUUUGAUGAAAAAGUUUUAUAUGAUCAAAUUUUCAUCAAUAUGAUCAUUUCUUUUCUUACAAGUGACAACAAGCAAACAGUUCUAUCAUCACUCGACUUCAUCCGCAGCUUCUGUCCUCAUGUUCCUUUAAAUGAUGAAUUAACUCAGAUUUUAUUUGGCCAAGUAAUUAACUACAUCACAUCAAACGAUGAAGAUAUCGUUAUCCACACAAUUCAACUCUUUUCUGAAGAUCCAAUGUCAGUUUUUGUGUUAUUUCAAACAGAUGAAGAACAAAAGAACUUUAUAGAUGCAAUACUGAGUUUGGUAUCGAACACAACAUUCAAAAAAUAUGUUUUGGAGUUCUCAGAACAAUUUUUAGUUUUAAAUCCGAAAAAAAUUAAUUUUAUUUUUCCAAUUUUCAAUCAGAUUGUUUCUGAUUUGACGUCAACAGACAUAAAUGACAAUGAACUCUUCCAUUCCUUGUAUACUCUUGGAGCAAUCGUCCAAAAUGAUUUGAAAUUAAAAGAUUUGACAUUUUUAUCGGAAAAUGUCAAACAAAUCUGCGAAAUCCUCAUUUCAUUGUUAUCUAAAGAGGAAAUAGAUAAUCCGAAAGACGAUGAAUACGAUGUUUCGACUCUUCCUCAUCAUAUUCUUCGAGAUUUGGCCGAAAAAUACUUCGAACAGAUAUACCCACUACUUGUGAAUAAGGUAGAUGAAUACGAACAGUCUACAGAUGUUAAUAAUCGUAUUGCAGCUGCAAAAUGCUUAGUAAUUAUUUGUACACAAAUCAAACAAAUUCCUGAAAAAUUAUUUUCUGAAGUUUACGAAAAAGUGACAAUGUUUUCAGGGGAUGAAAAUUCAAAUGUAGUUUUUUAUGCAUUAACGGGAUAUGCAUUAUUAGUAGAAUCUAACCAAAGCUGCGAAAAUUUCUUAUCUGACAUAGAAACAUUAUUUGAAUUAUCUCACUCAGAAAUAUACGGUGAGAAAGCUAUGGUAUGCAUAGCAAAGAUCACUGAUUGCCAGGAUUUCAGUAGCUACGAGAUUUUCUCAAUUUUGGCAGAAAAAAUUAAUGAAUUUGAUAUAAAAACUCAGAAAAUGGUUGCUUUGAUGUUUAGAAGGUUCCUACAAGAGCACAAUCAACUCCAGGAUGAAUCAAUCCUGCUUUUGUUCGAAUCUAUCCUCAAAAUUCUUCAAGAUUGUGAUAUCCAAAUCGCAGAAACGAUUUUGACAUGUAUUCCAUACAUUUUACCAGAGAUUAAUACUUCCGUACAAGAUAACUACAAUGAUCUCUACGCGUUGUUCUCUGAAUGGCUUCAAAACGGCGCAUUUGCUGCAUUAACUGCAAUUUCGUAUCUUUAUUACGUAGAUUCGUCAAAGUUUGACGUAGAAACGAUUCUUAAUACAAUUGCGCAGAUGCUGGACAGCGAAGAAAGUGAAGCAGAGAAAUUUGCUAUCAUAAGUUAUUUCCAAUUAUUUUUGAUAUUCCAUGAAAAUAUUUUUAAGUACGAUCAAAUUCCCCUCAAAAUUUUACAAUUGAUUUCAUAUGAUUCUGACAAAAAUGUCAGGCUGAAUGCAUUGUAUUUGUUCCCACAAUUGAUAACAACAGCUCCACAAGAGUUAGUUAUUGCAAUUUUCAAACAAUACAAUGAAUUUAUUUCAUCUGAGUUUUUCGUUGAAGAAUCAGCUCAAAUGGAUCAAGAAUUCGUCUCAUCUAUCAUAGAAUUCGCAAUACAAUGCAUAAAUAUGAAAGAGCUGGCCCUUGGAUUCAAAAUUAUCAAAAGAAUUAUUAUUGAUAUGAGAUUUCUACCAGAUAUACCAAGAGAAGUCAUCGAGAGUUUAUAUAAAAUACUAUCCUCGUACAAAAUACCACAAUUCAUCCAGUUGGCUGCUUAUAUCAACCAAAUGUACUUAAGCGAGGAUGAAUAA